AUGCCCUGUCUCGUUCUUAUCCGUGUUCGGAUUCAGGACCUCUACACACUGCGCAACGCCAUCUACAAAGCACGCAGUGUCCUAGAAAAGGGCUACCGAGGUCUCUAUAUCGGCAUCUCCAACGAUGCUGAAAGAGUACCACCUUGUGAGAGUCAACCACUUCUUAACUAUGGUAUGGGAUUAUUCUACUUCUCGGACGAAGCAGAUGCCCGACGCUUCAUCUACAGUGAUCAGGGCUUCAUGGAGACUGAUUUUUUGGAAAACUCGGACAUUAUGAUUAUCCCCAUGCUUAAGCCGCUUCUGAUUGGUUGUUACGGAACGGCGCUUCUCUUCACGGAGUUGGUUCGAAGUGAAAACUACUGCCAAAUGCCAGCAUCAGCUAUCACCUUUGAUAUGGAGAAGUGUGGAGCAGUGCCAAACAUUGUGGACACCAUCCAAGUAGCCAUGAUUAGAGCCUAUGAAGCAAAACCUGGCGGUUUUCGUAUCUCCCAAUUUCCCAACAAGAAGGUCUUCUACGAUUGGGUGAAGUCAGGUAAAUUUUGCCACGCCAACAUUCAUGUUGAAUGCUUCAUUGAUGUGAUGCGUGUUAGUGAUUACUUCCUUCCCACUUUUCUCCACCUCAUUACAGAUUGUGGAGCCCGUUUCAGGGAGGAUAUGUGCAAAGUGAGGAGCAUGAACACGUACAUUGCAACAUUUGCAAGGGAUCUGUUUUGA